AAAUCCCAAAGACUUUUGAACUAAAAACCUUCUUCUUGGGUCGUUCCGCGUUAAAUCGUUUUCCUUUAUUUUGAUCCCUUCUUAUACGCAUUGAUUUGGUCCUUUUAAACACCAAUCUUCUUCCUCGUCUCCUCUACUCUACUCCAUCCCUCAUCCAUUCAGGAAAGUUUAUUUAAGAGACAAUGUUCGGUUCGAAGAACUCACCAGCAAACCUUCCCAAGCACAACUCUGCUGAUCCUGGAUUCCACAAACCAAACCCGUUCGAUUCAGAUGAUACCACCCUUAACCCCUCCAAGAGAACUUCCUCUGAGCCCUCUUUGGCUAUCACGACCAACCCUUUUGAUGAGGUUGAGAAAGGGUCUAGUAGUAGCUCUUCCAAGCAGUCAUUGACUUCGAACUCGAGACACCAGUACAAGAACAAUUUCAGGGAUUCAGGAGGUGUUGAGAACCAGUCUGUUCAGGAGCUUGAAGGCUAUGCUGUGUACAAGGCUGAAGAGACUACAAAGUCUGUUCAAGGUUGUCUGAAAGUAGCAGAAGAGAUAAGGUCAGAUGCUACUAGAACUUUGGUCAUGUUACAUGACCAGGGUGAGCAAAUCACGAGGACGCAUCAUAAAGCUGUUGAAAUUGAUCAUGAUCUCAGUAGAGGUGAGAAGCUUCUUGGAAGCCUUGGAGGUAUGUUUUCAAAGACAUGGAAGCCGAAGAAGACUCGCCCUAUAAAUGGUCCUGUCAUAACCAGAGAUCACUCACCAACGAGAAGAGUUAACCACUUAGAGAAAAGGGAAAAACUGGGACUGAGUCCAGCACCAAAAGCACAGUCAAGAACCAGAGAACCUCUCCCUGAAUCAGCUGAUGCUUAUCAGAGAGUGGAGAUGGAAAAAGCUAAGCAAGAUGAUGGACUUUCAGAUUUGAGUGAUCUACUAGGGGAGCUAAAGAACAUGGCAGUUGACAUGGGAAGUGAAAUGGAAAAGCAGAAAGAUGGUCUUGAUCAUCUUCAUGAUGAUGUUGACGAACUCAAUUACAGAGUGCAACAAUCAAACCAACGUGCCAGCCGGUUGCUCAGGAAGUAGAUGAACAUAGUUAUAUGUUCAUUACACUCCUUCCUCUCGUGUUUCUUCAGUGAACUAGUUGCUUAUAUACGUUUCUGUCUAUGUUUAUAUUGGAUAUUUGAUUAUGAAAGAACAAAAAUCUUAAUAGAAUACAAGCAAACAUAUACUUUCUCAAGAAA